AUGUCGAAAGAAUUCCAAGAUAAAGUCGUCCUGGUUACGGGUGCUGCAAGCGGUAUCGGCCGCGCAACUGCCCUCAAACUCUCCUCCCUCGGUGCCUCCGUCUCCCUCUGCGACGUCAACUUCCCCAGCCUCAGCGCCGUAGCUUCAGAAUGCGAAACACCCACCCUCACACGGAGAGUCGACGUGAGCUCUGCUGCCGAGGUUCAGGAAUUCGUUGACAGCACCGUCAAGGGACUGGGUCGAUUGGACUACGUUUUCAAUUGCGCUGGCGUGAAUCCCACGAGCAUAAAGCUAGAAGACACAAGUGAAGAGUACUGGGAUAAACUCGUCAAUACGAACCUCAAGGGCGUGUUUCUUGUUACGAAGGCCUGUCUUCCGUAUCUGAGUCGUGGGUCCGCUAUCGUCAAUGUGAGCAGUGUAUCCGGCAUACGAGGUUCAGCUUUCCAAUCCGUAUACUGCACGACGAAAUUCGGGCUGAUCGGCAUGACGAAAUCGCAUGCUCUGGAAUUUGGUCCCAGGGGAAUCAGGGUCAAUGCUAUAUGUCCGGGCUAUAUUGAUACGCCGUCGAAUGCGGGUAUCGUGAAGGGAGGCGAGGCAGUGGAGAGGAUGAGGAACGGGAAUGCGUUGGAGAGAUUGGGAGAGCCGGAAGAAGUGGCGGAUGUUGUUGCAUUCUUGUUUGGAGAAGGAGCACGGUAUGUUAAUGGAGCUGUUGUGGAGAUUGAUGGAGCAAUCAAGAUGAGUAGUACUACGAGUAAGUGA